AGUCAAUCACCUUACCACGCCAAGUCGCCUCUACAUUUGCUGAAUGAUACGAAAGCAUCCAAAAGACGCAGUUACCCACAGUCGAAGGGGUAACAAGCGAUCUGAUGACGGUGAUGAUAACCCCGAUCAACCCAGUCCGAAACGGCAGAGCAGGGGUAGAUAUGUGUCCAAGGCAUGCGUACAAUGUCGUCACCGAAAAGUCAAAUGUGAUGGACGCCUGCCUUGUCAGCCGUGUAUCCUGAGCGGACGCCAAUGUUCCCAGAAUGCGGUUGAUUUGCGUCGCCGAAAGCCUGAUACGGACGAGGUGCUUCGAAAUUAUAAUAGAGAUUCAACGGCCGCAGAAGCGAAUGAUAGCAUGGAAGAAUCUCAGGUGACACGGAAAGAACUAUUGACAAAACUACAUCAAGUCGAGCGACAGUUGCAGCUUAUACUUACGGCUGUGUAUUCUGCCUCGGAAGGGGCUGACGAUCAAAGAACAGAUGCCUCCCCUGAAGGAGCAUCUAUUGCAAACGACGCUGUAGCAGCUUCUAAACAAAAGAUGCCUGUCCCGGCGGAGUUGAAUUCCUUUUCCGGCGAGACAUCCAUUCGACAUGCCCUGGACCAGGUUGCAGGGCGCUUGGAGGCGAUACAAAGCCACCAUAGCACUGCUGUGGUGGAUUCUCGAAUUUCAACUCCUGCCUUGACCCCCUCACCUCCUCACGACAGCGGCCCAAAGAGCACAGCAGAUUAUAUUCGCUGUGUUUUUCAGACUUACGACAUUGAGCCAGAUCAGUCACAGUGGGAUCAGGCGUUAGCUGUGUUUUGCACCGAGAUCCAUAUCUUGUAUCCGUUUCUUCACCUGCCUACUCUGCGUGCCAACUACGACACGUUGUGGCACGACAAACUUGCUCCUCUGCCUAACGAGCCAACUAUCGAUCCACUUGAGCUUCUACAAACAUUGGCUUUGAUGACAAUCUACCUGUUCCGCCUCGACAUUUUUGGAAAGGCUGAGAAACUCCUAGCUCUCGCCAUCUCCCAUGCACACCAUCUGGGAUUGCACCGAUCCAGGGUUGUGCAGAACAUGCCGUCUUUUCAUAGUGAGAUAUCUCGGCGAAUCUGGUGGUGUCUUUAUGUCCUGGAUCGUCGACUGGCUAUUGAAACUGGCCAUCCUUUCUUAAUUCAAGAUGUCAACGCUGACACGCCUCUCCCCCAAGAGGUAGACGAUGACUACGUCUCUAGAGCCCGAAAUCUACCCAGCUUAGAUCCAGCUGCAGCCCUUCAAACCAAUGCUGGCGAUGGUUCCUUCACCCCGAUACCCUAUUUCAGAGCCAUGGUAAUUUAUUCCAAAGUCCUCGGCAAGGUUUGGGAGGGCAUGUAUGGGGCUACCAACUUGGGGCCAGUUCCGAAUUACCCUCUCCGCGAGCACCUUGAAACCCUGCUUUUCCGGGCGCAGAAAGAUAUUAGGCAGGAAUUUGCUCAUCCUCAAUACGGCAAACCCGUGGCGCAUCACCAAGCGCCAUGGUGGCUAGUUAAGCAGCAAGCACUCAUGCGGACUCGGUGGUUAUCACUUCGGCUUCUGAUUCGCAAACCCAUGCUUCAAGCUUCGGUCUCUCCCAGCACGUCUACGCUUGACACGUUCGAAAAUGAAGUGACGUGCAUGCAGAUUGCUGAUACCUUGAUCGAAGAGUUUGCCCAGAUCCCCGAGGAGAAAGCUGUAUACACUUUUCCAUUCAUACACUACUUGAUUGGCGCUACAAUAGUGUCUCUGGGACUGAUCUUGAAAGAGUCCACGUUCAAAUCUGCGUAUGGCAGAGCCACGCUGCACGCGGUCCAAUUGUUGGAGUCUUACUGCAGUAAGACAUGGGUGUCUGGAAAGUUAAUACGGAUUGUCUCCCGGUUGAAACAGAUGGCUAGUCAACUAGAAAGUAGCGAAGGUGUGGAGCGUCCACUAUACAAGCAUUCCUCUCAGGUUUUCUCGCAGAACCACGCUGCGCAGUCACGGCAAACGGACCUCACUAAACUUCCUAUGAUAUAUCCAGAUCGAGCUCCCUUUUCAAGGCCAAGUGAUCACUUGAAAGGGAUUCGCGAGCUCAGCGAGAGCACAGAUACAGCAGGCCAUGGCCCCAAUCGUAUGCCACCUGUGCAAUAUCGAGAUCUUGCUGAUCCGCGGCUACCGCAAGGCUCGCCAUACGCUGGCCUUACCAACCUAGUGAUGGCCGAUUUUGAUUUCGAGAGGGACUUUGCUGCAGUCAACAUGGGUAUACUGCCUGUCGUCUCCAGUAUAGCCUGGCCAUCCCACUUAGAUAGCACGGCGGACGCCGGCUAUGCACGCACGAGGCCAUUAACACAGGAAGAUGAGAUGACUCAGUGUGAAUCAGGAGUGCCGCCUUCAGAUACUAUACAUCGCGGAAGCACCGAGGAGAUGGAAUGGUUAGAGGCUCUAUUUGGCAACUAUCUCAAUCCGGACCUUAUAAUCCGGCAAUAACCAUACCAUCCAGUCAGAGUUUU